AUGAUUGCAGAACACUAUGCUAAAUCGGGUUGUGAUUUACUUCUUAUUGAUGUGAACCAAGCUGGCUUGGAUCUCACACGAUCGAAGUGUGAAGAGGCUGGUGCAAACUCCGUGACGGCUAUGAAACUGGAUGUGACAGAUACGGAAGCUGUGCGUUCCGCCAUUUAUGCAUACGACGUUUCUCAUCCUAUUGAUGCUCUCUACCCAUGUGCUGCGAUCAAUGACACGCCUAAGAAACCACUUUCAGAUUGCGUUCAGGUGAAAUCCAAUGGAGGAAUGUUAUUCACAGGAUUUCCCAAAGAUCUUCUCCGUGAACAUCCUUGGUGUAAUCGUGGCAGAGGGAAAAUAUGCCUGUUCUCAUCGAUUCUGGGUUUUGGAGGCACUCGCAUUACUCCAAACUAUACUAUUUCAAAGAACUGCAUGCGAGCGAUUGCCGAGUCGCUUCGAUUCCCCCUAAAAGAAAAAGGAAUCUCUAUUUCAUAUGUGUGUCCUGGAGGAGUGAAGACAGGAAUGACUCAAGUGCUGCCGUCGUGGCUGACCUGGAUUUUCCUCUCUGCAGAGAGUGCGGCAAAGCUGAUUAUUAAUGGCUGUGAGAAUGGAGACUUCUUGAUUGUUUUCCCCUUUUCUUGCUACUCGAUUUGUUAUGGAUUUUUAUCAGGCCCUGCAUACUUAAGAGAGUCUUUAGAAGUACUGCUGGAUAUGGUGUAUCGUGGGCUCUUUCAUUAG